CCAGAAGCUGUCACAUUCAUGUAAUCAAAAUCCAAUAUGGUGGUAUUGGAAGGCAACUCGAGGCAAGAACCAUCUUUCCGACGCCGAUAGUUGGAUGGAAGAUUCUUUUCCCGUGCAUUGCUCGCUUUGGAAGUGCGAAAACAACAUUGAAAAACUGCAGUGAAACCCGGAGCAAAGGAUUAGGACGUAAGCUGGCUCUGGUUAUUGGAACGAAUGCAGGGACAACCGUUGUGCCGUCUACGAUAAUAUAAGCAUCUUGUGCACCGUGUGCCAAAACAUCCCGACUACGCCAUGAGCUCCAAGCCGGCGCUAAGCCGUGAGCUGAUCCAGCAAGCACUAGGCUACCACGGCAGACCGUUGCAAAAGAUAUGGGAAACCGAGCGACGGCAGAACGAACUGCUGGCCCUCGGUAUCGACGCCAAUCUGGAUUACUCCAUCUACAUGGCGCGGCAGAAGCACUUUACCCUGCAAGAUCGAGCGAAACGCUUGAAGCUGCAACAGUUCAUGGCGCGGAAAGCGAACGUACUGUACGCCGCUGAUAAGCAGCAUUCCGCCCGGGAGCCAGAAAUUGAUUACAGACAAAGUAACCACUUUGCCAUACCCCCAAUGGAUACCUUUUUGGACACGGAAGCAGACGGAAGCACGGCACAUCUGUUAGAGACCGUGCUACCAGGCGAUGUGGUGUAUGGUUCGGUGACAAUGUUCAAAAAUUUUGGCGGCAUUGCCUUUCGACCGCUUCUUAUAGUGGGAAACGUCACCUCUUUCGUUCGAAACAAACUCAUCAAGGGGAACGUUGCGAGCGAUCAAUUGUUGACGCCGGAUAAGGAUCCCGGCGCGCCAAAGAACUACUUUGUCAAUGAUAUGAUCUGCUGCGAGGUAAUCGAUGUUGCGCCCGAUGCACGCCGUUUGAUUUGUUCGAUGAAGCGCACCUCGAAAAGCCGGGCACCGGAAUCGGUUGUGUAUGGGUUGUUGUCAAAGGAAGAUAUUCCAGAAGUGUACAAGACAACUUUAAAGCGAAAGGAUCAGAAUUAUCAAUAUUUCUUAGAUAGCUCGCCAUCUUUUAAUGAUCCCAAUCACAUUGAGCAACUGUACCGGGAGGUCGGCUUAGACUUUAACGAGGUCUAUACGAACAUGUCGAGCUUAAAGGGAAGAUAUCCCUCGCAGGAGUAUGCCGCCGAGCUGCGGAACUCGCAAAACAGCAAAUGGGCAUUUCGAUCGGUUGCUCAAGGUAUUGAGCAUUUCAAGGAAGGCCGCCACUCGGAAGCCUUCCAAUGUCUCAACAAGGCGCUGAGCAUGGAUCCACGGAAUGUGGAAGGGCUGGUGGCCCGCGGUGCACUGUACGCAAACAGUGGCUCGUUCAAAAAGGCGGUGGAAGACUUCGAAACGGCCCUCAAGCUCAACCCGUCGCAUGCGAACGCGCGUAAGUACAUGGGCGAAACGCUCGUCGCGCUCGGGCGCAGCUACGAAGAGGAGAAUCGCUUCGAAGAGGCAAAGAAGGCGUACCAGGACUGUCUGAAUAUUAUACCGCACCAUGAGGAGGCUCAGAAUUCGCUCGAUUUUCUCAAAUCGAAACCCUUCACCGGUAAACAAAUCGUGGAACCAACGGAAUUGGAGCUGCCGUCGUUAAACAUUAUAAAACCAUCGUCAAGCGAUCGCAACAAACAGGAACCGGACACGUCCGGUGUGGGAGGAAGUGGUGUGUUCGGUGCUGGCAGCAGCGGCAGCAAGCGGGACCACCUGGACGGUUCCUCCUCGCGCAAGGAACGCAAGAAGGAAAGCAAAAAGGAGCGCAAAAAGCGCCACAAGAAGCACCACAGCAGCUCGAGCGACUCCAGCACGGACAGCUCGGACAGCAGCGACUCGAGCAGCGACUCGAGCAGCAGCAGCAGCACCGCAUCCACGACAAGUUCGGAUUCGUCCGGCUCACGCAACAAAAAGCGCAAACGCUCGAAGAACGAUAAGAAACCGAAAUCCACAUCGCCGAUGGGCAAGCGCCUGUCGUCGGCGGGCGGUGGACGCAGCGGCGGCCCGUCGGCCGGCGAAAUGGUUGGCUACCCCAUCGGUGGUCAGGGCAGCAGCGUCUUCGGCCACAGCUCUAGCCACGGUCAGUCGGCAAUGGACGAUUAUGAGCAAAAGGUUCGCAAGUUUCUAGAAAUGCCACGCGAUGAAGAGAACUACGAAGAGAAGGUUCGUAGAUUCGUCGCGGAAGCAAGUAAGUAUCAGAAGGAGCGCAAACAGAUGGAGGACAAGUCGAAGAAGAAGAAGAAGAAGGACGAGAAAAAGGCCAAAAAGGAGAGCAAGAAAAAGCGCAAAUCGGAUGAGAAGAAGAAAUCGAAGAAAAAGGACAAGGGUGGCGACGAUGACGGUUUGGGCAACAAGGAUAAGCUGCGGGAAGCGCUGAAAAUUUUUGAAAAUUUCCCCGUACUGGAUGAGCUCGGUUCGAAGCUUUCCGUUGGCGGUUCAGUUGCCGAAGCAUUGUCCGCCCUGCUUGGUGGUGGUACCGGUUCUGGUGGUGGUGGUGGUGCCGGAACAUCUCGAGCUAAACCAACCGACGCGGUGGACUUGGAGCGGGCAGGUAUUGCACCCGGUGGGGACGAGAACGCCAAGGAGGGUAAGUGGCGCAUGAUGUUCAACAAGGACAAGCGUCCGGCAAAGGAGCCGGCCCCGAUAGCGGCCACCACCCUAACGGCCGGCCUGGGCCUAAAGCAACAUCCGUUUAGCAACGAGUCGGACGAAGAGUCGGUCGGUGCCGGUCCAUCGUUUACCAUCGGUGGAAAAAUGCCCCAGAACGAUCGCGGCACCACCUCCAGCCGGUUCGGUGGCAGCGGCGGCGCUAGUGGCGGAGGUCGCUACGGAGAGGAUCGCGGCGGGCCCUCGGAGAAGGGAAAGGCGGCGUCGUCCACCGUCGCACAAAUGACACCGGUCAAGUCGGGCCCGGUGGUGCUGGACAAGUUCGGCAACUUCCGGCUCGCGUCGGCUGACGCUCCUUCCGCGACUGGCGGCUCGAAACCGCCCGAACCGUCCGCUGCGCCGCCAAUGCGCCGGUCGCGCAGCAAAUCGCGCACCCGGAACUAUGGCAGCUCGCGGUCGCGCUCGCGAUCACGCAGCGACCGACGGCGGUCGCGGUCGGGCAGUUUCCGACGCCGGUUCAGCCGAUCGCGGUCCCGUUCGUUUAGCCGGUCGCGCUCCGGCAGCUACUCGCGCAGCCGGUCCCGAUCGCGCAGCUUCGAACGGCGCCGCUUCGAUCGGCGAUUCUAUCGCGGUGGCCGCGGGGCAGGAGGCGGCGGUGGCGGCGGAUACGGUGGCGACCGAAUGGGUCCGUUCGGGGGCAAUCGGUUCAACAAUCCGCGCGGCCACUAUCGGCGCGGUGGAUUCCGCGAUUUCAGGGACAACCGCUUCGUUGGAGGUCCGCGCGGCGGUGGCGGCGGUAUGGGUGGUGGUCGCGAUAGGCCACCGUUCCGGCCGCGGUACCGCGGGCGCUUCCAGCGCUCGUACAGUCGCAGCAUGAGCAAAUCGCCCGAUCGGCGACCGAUCAGCCCGGGCGAUGAUCGUUCCCGCCAUUAUCAGCGGCGCGGGGAUAGCCGUGACAGGGGUACGGCCGGGCAGCGGGGGGACAGUCGGGAGCGCUCUUCGCCGCCGACCCGCCGCAGCCGGGCGGACAGUCGCGAUAAUCAGCGCGAUCGGGAGGACAGUCGCGACCGCGACCAUCGUCAUCGGCGCUCGGAGGACCGUGACUCGUCCAAGCGAUCGAAGGACGAUCACCCGGGCACGGCUGGCGGCGGCACCGGUGGUGGUGCCGCUACCUCGGCCAGCGAGCGGCGUGACAGUUCGCCGGAUUCGACGCGCGCUGAAAAGUCAUCGCGCCAGCAGCGUCGCUCCUCUUCCGCCGGCAGCCAGCGGUCCAGCGGGUCGACUAAGAUCCCGCACGACAUUGAAGGGCGCUGGGCCGACGAUACCGACGCGAAGGAGAGUGAGCAGAAGAGGCAGCGCCACGAUAACGCAGAAUCGGGCGGAUCGCAUUCCAAUAGCGGUGGUGGUGGUGGUGGUGGAAGUAGCGCUAUCCCGGAAGAUGUUUCGCUGGAAGAGCUGGAGAAAAUGCUCGCCAAAGCGCGCAAAGAGCGUAAGGAGGAAAUGUUGGAACGCAACAAGGAUCUGCUGAAAAAGUCUGGAAACUUUUAAGGAAAGGAAAAGGUUGUAUGGUAUUUGAAGAAAAAAAAAACAAUGAAAUGAAUUAAGAAAAAUCAUUUUCCCCUCAACACUAACACAUUUGUUGGAGGGGUGUGCAUUAAAUUUAAGAACAACAAACAACGCAUGCCCCACGCGGCCAUUACAGAUUGUGCGGUGAAAGGUAGAAUGGAAAGGAAGAAGGAUGGAUGUGUAUUACGGCGAACUCAACCUCAUUACGGGCCAUCAUUAUAAGCAGCACAGUCCGCAAAAUGUAACAGUGGAGGACAAUGCCAGCAACUUCUAAUAUACACGAGAAAAUGUACUAAUUUUAAUAAAUAACCAAAAUUUCAUCGCUAG